AGUCACUCAAUCCUGUCUCAUUGCCAAACCUUCGCAUGCAUUUUUAAAAGUGUUUGACAACUUGUCCUCAACGUUCCCUGCAAUGGUCCAUGCACAUCAUCGAAAAGGAGACUGUUGCCUGGGAUACCAGUUCAUAAUAUUUGAGCGCCUAUCGGCUAGAGUUUCGCUGUCUCGCAGAAUCGUCGUCGGCCUCAAUGCGCCUGCUCUUUGGCGUCGCCAGCUUGAACCACCUUCUCAACCAGCACUUUGCAGAACGCUCCGUCGCUCCUUAAUCGUCGUUUUUUGUUUGCUUGAUGCGUUCUCUGCUUCCGGUCGCUUUCCUCUGCUUGCUCUUCGAAGCGUGCUCUGUAAAUGCUGUCAUCUUUCCAAUACAAUCCCGCACAGUCUACAAGAACUCGACGUCCAGCGGGCUGAGACGGCGCGGCACAAAUGAGACGGUCCUUCCUGUCCUCAAUACCAAGAACUCCGAGUACAUCAGCAAUAUUACCUUGGGCGGGAGGCUGAUUCCCGUGCUGCUGGACACUGGAAGUUCGGAUUUGUGGGUAGCCGGUGACGUGCCCUCGUCGACGGACCUCGGCGUGUCAUACUCGAUAGGGUAUGCAGUCGGCACUGCCAGCGGCAACAUCAACACAGCAACACUGGAAUUUGGUAACUACACCGUAGAGGAUCAAGCCUUUCUCCUAGUCAAGAAUGCCUCUUCCUUCUCCAUCAACAUCACCUCACAGGGCUUUGAGGGCCUCAUUGGGCUCGGGCCCAACACAGGCUCCGAAAUUCGCGACAAGAUCGGCGACUCGCGCGGGGACAGCGUACUCGACCGGAUAUUCCAACAGAACGCGUCCUCCUCCAACUAUCUCACAAUCCUGCUCAACCGCGAAGGCGACCCCGCCAGCCCGUCCACCGGCCAGGUGUCCAUCUCGGAUAUCGUGCCCGGAUACGAGACAAUCGAGAGCAUGCCGAAGCUCCUCCUCGAGCACGUGCACAAGCUGACGGAUCUCGACCAGCACUGGCAGGCGUACACGGACGUCGACGGCGUGAUUGGCCCGGACGGGAACCCGAUCAAGGUCGAUUCGAUCGUCCCGUCUGCGCCGGACGGCCAGCUCGUCGCGGUGUUCGACUCGGGGUACACGCUACCGCAGGUGCCGCGCGAGAUGUCGGAUGCGAUUUAUGGGCGCGUGCAGGGCGCGGAGUGGAACGCGGAAUAUAGUGUGUGGACGGUCCCGUGCACGCAGCUGCUCAAUAUCAGCUUCAAGUUUGGCGGACAGACGUAUCCGGUCCACCCGCUCGAUGUCUCCAGUAGUGAUUUUGACUUGGUCAACGCGGUGGGCGAGACGGUUUGCCUGGGCACGUUCCAACCGAUCAGCACGUCCGCGUUCAGUCUCCUCGGAGAGUACGACAUGAUUCUCGGCAUGGCGUUCAUGCGAAACGUCUACGCUCAAUUUGACUAUGGCGACUUUGUCGAGGACACGUCCGUCGACCUCGGCGAGCCAUUCGUCCGUCUGCUAUCCACCACAAACGUCACGCAGGCGCACGACACCUUUGUGCAAGUCCGGCUCAGCGGAGUCGACACCACCGGCGAGUCGUCACAGUGGCUCCUCCCCGCGUCGAAGGAACAGCACUCACCCGAGUCGGAAGAGGAGAAGAAGCAGCAAUACGAAGAGUACGUCCUCAGCCGCUGGCCCGAGAUCUUCGUCGGAUGCCUGGUAUUUGUGCUCCUUGUGGUCGCCUUCGUCGUAUGGCGGUGCUGCAUCCGCAAGCGGGCGAAGAAGGCCAAGGGAUCGGUGCUUCCCUCCGCCGGCCAGCCGCAGCUGUACAGGCAGCUGGACGACCCGUCGAGCAUGACCCUCAUCGACAUGUCGCAUGCGAAGGACAAGCGCGAGUCGUUCGCCUCGGCUGGGGCGUAGACUUCUAGUGGUUUCGACGCGAUUGACAUGGGGGCUGCAUGUUUGGACAAUUUGCAUUGUGCUGGGUGUUGUAUUCCCCCUCGUUGGAUCCUUGGCUCGUGUAUAUACCCGAUACGAUUAUACCUAAUUCAACC